GACAUGGCGAAGAGCCUGAGGAGCAAAUGGAGGCGGAAGAUGCGGGCGGAGAAGAGGAAGAAGAACGCGCCCAAGGAGCUGGAGAGGCUGAAGAAGAUCCUGGGAACUAACGCGGAUGUCGUCAUGGAGGAGGUCAAGGAGGUGGCGACCGUGCUGCCCCCCAAGAAAGUCCUCGAGCAGGGGGAUGACUGCAAAAUGGACGUAGAUAAUAAACGAAACAAAAAAACUCUUCUAGACCAGCAUGGACAGUACCCAAUAUGGAUGAAUUCCAGGCAGAGAAAGAAGAUGAAGGCACAGCGUGUUAAAGGAAAAAAAAAAACAAAAUUGGCCAAAGGCCUAGUCUGGUAAAAUCGGAGUUUUGUAAGAUCAUGAAUAUUUUACUUACAAAAUAAAUAUCCCAAAUAAGUACAUGAUAUUUUUGUGCUUGGCCACUGGGCAUAAUUUAUUGUGUUGCAUGAACUUUUUAGUAGACUGUUAAGCCAGCAAAUGAUGAAAGCAAUAGCAACUUGGUGUCAGCCAAACUUAAAGAAAAUACAAAAAGCAAGCUGAGUGCCUUUGAAUAG